CUUCACCGAGGACGGGCAGGCCGACUGCAGCUGACAGAAAGGCUACGCCUACAGAACCAGUUUUGGCUGUCUGGGUCUGGACUAUAUAAGCCACAUCAAGCAGACGGGAUGUAGGACAGCAGCUCCUCAGAGAUCCAUUCAGAAGUGAAGCCAGAGGUGCACUGCAGGGCACAGACUCACAAACACAGAGACAACAUGAAAGCUGUUGCAGCAUUCUUGCUGGUGCUGUGUUACCUGGCUGCCAGUGAUGCGUGGAGCUGCAAGGAGGCGCCGCGCCUGUACGAUGUUGCACAGAUCGAUGCCGGACAGGGGAAAGUGGUUGCAAGAAACAAGAACAAUCAUGUGUUUUUCCUGAGCGGAUCGAGUUGGUACAAACUGGGCUCGGUCAGCCUCAAGCACGUCACCGUCGGACCUGCGGGACUGUGGGGAACUAGUCCCACAAACAGGGUCUACAAAUUCGUGGCCGGCGACUUUAGACCAGCCAGUGGUCUGUCUAUGCAGCAAGUGGAUGCUGGAGGUAAUGGUCAAGUUGUUGGAAUAACAAGCAACACCUUUUACACCUACUGUUUGAGAGAUAGUUAUGCUUCAAGCUUCAAAGGAGUGGGCAGCCUAAGCUGGACUUACCUGUCAUGGAAGCUGAAGUACUACAGCUGCGGCCCAAAGUACGGAUGCUGGGCAGUCGACACGAGUUCCCGGGUCUACUUCAACAGGAACAUGACACCAAGUACCUGCAGCGCCAGUGGCUGGACAUACAUAUCAGGGCUCAGCUUGAAAAUGAUUGAAGUGGCAACUGACGGAAGUGUUUUUGGUGUGGCCACAAAUGGCAGGGUGUAUCAAAGAAGCAGCAUCUCCAGUAUUCGCCCGCAGGGCAGUUCUUGGGUCGCCGUCUCUAUGUGCAUGCCCAUCAGCCACCUGAGCUACGACCUGGGCCAGCUUUGGGUUGUCACCAACUCUGGCAUGCUGUUGCAGUGCUCACAUUAGUGUCAUCAGCAUGGCAGACAUUUAGUGUGCACCAGUCUCUGUUUGUCAGGGAGGAUGUCUCGGCUGUCAUCCCCGUGAAGUCCUAUUGUUUCUUUAGAUCAUUCAGUGCACACUAUGAAUAAAUGAUUCUCUUUUGAUUUCUUUUUCCCUCAGUGUCAAAGCUCGGGUUUUCAUUAGACUUCUGUGGGACUCUGACCAGAAUUUAAAAAUUUUUAAUUCAAAGUCACUGAACUGUGAAACAAAUAAAUGACAGUAACAAACGUGUCUGUGUGACAUUAGGCUAAAUUAAUCAUUUAGGCCUGUGGAACUUUUACCUGCUAGCUGGAAUAUCUUCUAUUAUUUUAAUAAAUCAUAAUGAAGGGAAUUUCAUCUGACUUUUGUCAUGCUGCAUCUCAAUAUCUGUCUGUUUCUUUAUUUGUGAACGUGGGCUUGAAAAGAGAAAAUAGGUAAAGGCUUGCUGAUCCUUCCAAACAUGUUAUAAAUGUACAGAAAAACUGUAACUCUGCUGACAUCCUUGCAUUUUUGGGGUUUUUGGUGUGUUUUUUUUAAUAUUUCUCCUGUCGAAUGUUCGAAUCAGAAAAUGCAAUAA